UCGUCGGAACGCUGUGCGCUAUCCGCCUCCGGAGCAUCUGGGCCGUUCGUUUUUGUUUUAAUAGCUUCUUUUAAAUAAUUUCCAAGAUGACGUCUCGACGGAUGACGCGAGAGACUUUUGACACCCUCAUGCAAGUUAAGGCGAAACGGUACCGACUAGAUCGAAGUGACCCCAUCGGUGAGGCGCUCCAUCAACUUAGAGUUCAUUCACGUCCAGCUGCCCGGACCCAGUAUGAGGAGGAGGAGGGUGACUUCCAUGAUAAUGGGAAGCUCACGCUAAGUGAUUGGCGACAGGAGCCAAGAAGCGAUUAUACUCUGCCUUCCUACAGAUCAAGCAGCCAAGUUGCUGAAGAGGAAGAUUAUUACGAUGAAAGCAGCACUCAACCACUUUCCCGCAACCGAGACUAUGUUCAGCUGCCUUCACGUGAGCGAGAAUAUAGUCAUUCCAUUUCUGUGGAAAGGGACUAUGCUGGCUCAUCAUCUAGAGACCGGGACUAUGGUCGUUCGGCCUCCCGCGAACAGAACUACAGCCACAGCGUCUCUUCUAGAGAACCAUCCAAACACUACAAUGCCAGCUACCGCUCUUCAGAGCUCUUGGGAAACAUUAGGUCUCUGGGAAUUUUGGAAGAUGACUUUGGGACUGCACAUGGAUCAGAUUAUGACCUGGAAUAUGGCCUUGAGCAAGAAAGAAAAUUCAGCCCGUCUUUACUCGUUGGGAGAGGAAAGGGAAGAGGUACACGGGGAAAGUGUGGAGUGGCCACACAUGGCCUAGCCCAAAAUAAAGUAGAGGUAGCCAUUCCUGCCAAGAAAUGGGGAGCUAAAAAUUUGCUGCUAGCAGAUGAUCCCAUAGCAGAACCAACUGAACAUGCCCGGCAGAGAAUUGUACCUUCUCAUCGCCCGCGGUUGUACAUGAAACCUCAAGAGAAAGAGCUCAAACUGGACCUUGUUGACCCUUCUGAUAUUUUUUCAACCUUUGGGGUGGAAAUUAUCAAAUGGGCUGGCUUUGAUGAAAUACAGCGGGACCCAGAGUAUUCAGAACUCUUCCAAGUGCUAUUCACACUGGAGACUGAGACCUGUGCCAAGAUGCUGGCCUCAUUCAAGUGUUCAUUGAAGCCUGAGCACCAAGACUUUUGCCUCUCCAGUAUCAAAACGCUGCAGCACAUGGCUCUGAGGACACCCAGGGUGGAUGGCCAAUUCUUGAACCUUCUCAUGGAGAAACAGGUGAUGGCGACCAAGAACUCCUUCUUUGAGGUGAUUGGGCCCUUUGACCGGUAUGUGAUGAAGCUCCAGAACUACCUCCUGAAGAGCUCCACACCUCUCCUCAUGGCCUGCAAUAGCUUUGAGCUCAGCAUCAAGACCAGCAGCUUCAAUGACCCAACCCAGAUGGCUGCUGCUUUCAAGACCACCCUCUCCCUCUGCCGCAAGUCAUUGGCCCUUCUUGGGCAGACCUUUGCCCUGGCCACAACUUUCAGGCAGGAGAAAAUCCUAGAAGCCCUCAGCAUCCAGGAAGGGGCUCCUUCGCCCACCCUGUUCCCCAAUUUCGACACCUCUGCCUUGUUUGGGAGAGAGUACAUUGAUCAAUUGCAGAGCUGGCUGGAGAAAACCAGUACCAAGAUGCAGUUAAAGAAACCUGCCACUGCUCUUCAGUCUGAAAGCUCCAGGAACACUUUGGAAACCCGGCCCAAGAUUAAGAUCCUGCAACGUGCUGAUCGGAAAGUCAUUGCAACAAUUGAAAAGCUAGUCGAGAACAUGGUCUCUGGUACGCUGUCGGGAAAAGAGAAAGCUGCGCUGAGAAGCAAACCAGAAUAUUGGUUUUUGCGUGAUGAGGAAAGCCUGGAGCACAAGUAUUACAAGCUAAAACUGUCUGAGGCGGAGAGACUGAUGGCCAAGGAAGGCACGAAGGAGGUGGAAAAAACAACCAGGCCAUGCGAGUCAGAUGCCUUGCGGAGGGUUCUGUAUGCUAAGAAAAUAGCCAGCCUCAAGAAGAAGUUCUUCAGGGGGAGGAGACCUGGAAUCCUGCAACGGGCUGCUCGAGCCAAGAAAGCCAAAAGAGUGACAGUGGGGACCCAGACGCUUCUCUCUGCUGGGAUGAUGCUGAAACCACAGUCUCUGGCACCACAGAGCACCCAGAGCCCUGAGGGUGCACCAGCAGGCCCUUCGUCUGACACAGCCAGCACUUCUGCAUCUACUGUCAGUCCUGAAGAGGCAUCAUGUUCAGGGGAUGGUUCGACCACUGAGGGCCCAUUGGGACUGCCAGAAAAUCCUCCAUCUUUGGAGUGCCAGUUCCCAGAUGUGGAUCCCAAAACCAUGAUAACUGCUCAGAAGCUGGCUGAGUUUGUUGCUGAAGUCGUACCUGAAAUUGAACAAUUUAGCAUUGAGAACAGUGCGGACAAUCCAGAUCUGUGGUUUUUGCAAGAUCGAGAGAGCUCUGCCUUCAAGUUCUAUCGCCUGAAAAUUCGCCAGCUCUGCCCAUUGAUAAACUUCGGAGAUGCAGAGGAAUCUGCUGAAGCCCAUGAGAGUCCUGGUGCCAUGGAAGGUGACUGGGAGAACCAGGACGAAAUGGGUCCUCGAAGUGAAAUGGAAGGCGAGGAAAAAGAUGAAGGCACUAGGCCAACAGAGAGUUCAAAUGCAGCUGCGGAAGGAGAGGCCAGCACAGCUGCCGUGGGUCUCUCAGAACCGUCUACCCACAAACCUGCACGGGGCACACCGUAUGGGCGCAAGAGGAUCAGUAGCAAAUCUUUGAAAGUGGGUCUGAUCCCAGCCUCAAAGAGAGUCUGUCUCAUAGAUGAGCCAAAAGUUCAUGACCCAGUCCGAAUUGCUUAUGACCGACCACGUGGCUAUUCAACAUAUAAAAAUAAAAAGCAAACUUCAAAAGACUUGGAGUUUUGCAACAAGCGCCUGAACCAGAAGAAUAUUGGCUUCCAGAUGCUUCAGAAGAUGGGCUGGAAAGAGGGACUGGGGCUCGGAGCCCAGGGCAAAGGCAUCAAGGAGCCCGUCAAAGUGGGCUCUACCUCUGCAGGGGAGGGCUUGGGUACUGGGGAAAAGAAAGAAGAUAACUUUGCAACCUUCCGUCAGAGAAUGAUCCAGAUGUAUUACUUAAGAAGAGCCAAUAAAUAGAAUGGCUUUUGGCCUUUGAACCAAACAGUAAUGAUUAUUGCAAGAUGUCUCUGCUCUUCCUGAGUGGAGCAUCUCAUGAGAAAUCCAUUUUGGAAGAGUCCCCAUUCCCCCCGCUUUGGAGCUUCCAAAUAACCACGGAGAUUAACAUUCCCAGAAUCCUAGGACGAGUUGUCUGUUCCUGAGAUGAAGAAAAAGCCAGUGCAGUUUCCCAUCAAAGGCUGUUGGUCUUUUGAAAAGGAUUUGUAUGUAUCUCUUUUGAGCAAGAGGAAACUGACCAUCUCAGUACAAAAUCUACCCAACUUCAGUUUCACAUUCUUCAACGUUACUUCUGAAUAGCUUUGCCUCCUGGACUGUAGCAAAGCACCAUGAUAUCUGUGAUUCAGCCUAUUCAUUGAGCACCAAAUGUUUUGUUUUGAAGAAACCAGCAAGUAAGAACUAACUAUCUUAGAACUAUAGGUUAUUUAAGUUUCACAUUUGUUUCAUGGACUCUCUGUGUCUCAAAAGUUCCCUUACUACCAGCCAACUGGUAUAUUGAUCUUUCGUUUGGUCUGGAUUUCUGCAUUUAUCAAAAAUAUUCUUGGUCAAUUUUACCUCGACAAAGAAAUCUCUGUGUUCUGCAAGAUGCUAUCUUCGUGCUUUGGAAGCAAGACUUGUGUGAAAUGCAUAUGUUUGUUUUGUGACUUCAGGGCAUCACUAAAGAAUCUAUAAUAACGGGUUUUUGAUGCUAGUGACCGGCCCUCUUCAGAAUUACUUCUUCCUGUUUCUUUUUCUCUCCCAUUUAUGCCAAGACUUCCAUUGAUAAAAAUGACACCCUAAGGAAAACCCUACUUAAGAAUUGAUUGUGACGUGAAUUAAAAACUCUUUCAAAUGCUGAGUUUAAGCAUAUUCUCAAACCAGUAUUACUUGGAGUUCCUAGGUAAAGCUGUCCUUUGGCUUUUCCAUACCAGUCUACAAAAGGUUUCUUCAUCUUGUUGCUGGGGGUGAGCGUCCCUUUGUCCAGGGAUGCUCUUUCCCCAUAACCACGUGUUUAUGUGUGGAUUUUGUAACAGGCAUGAGUUCAAACUCACCCACUCUGUAUGGGUGGGCGAGCUGAGCUGUGUGCAGGACAGAUUUUCUAUGGGGAAUCCUACAUCUCCAUGGUUGGGUGUCAUUCCCUGACUGCUCCUGUACAAUGAUGCUCUUUUCCGCUCCGGGAAACUCCAAAUAAAUUAAUCUUGAAGACAGUAGCUUUUGAGCUUCAUGCUGCUGAGCACUUUCUCAAAUGCAGUUCUCUGGCUUUCAAAAGUUUAAGAGCAGUUCAUGCAGACUGAUUCAUUCAUGGCCGCUGGUGAAGAUGCCUGGUGCUUCUCUGGACCAGAAGAGACGAACAAAUUUCCCUUUUAUUGGCCAAACGGGUAACUGCCUUGAAGUGUGGCCACGGCACUUUUUCAUUUUCCUGUUUUACCACCUUAUAUUUUAUAAGGAGAAAAGGUGGAGCUUUGUCCAACACAUGAAUGUAAAUGGUCAAAAUAAAUUUGUCCAACAUGAUGAGAACAAAUGGUCAAAUUAAAAAGGGACAACCUUUUUUAUGAAUCGGAAAGUGAUUUCCCCCCCAUCAGUGGGCUGAAUGGUGAAGCUUCUACUGUGUUUGAACCACAUUUUGUGGUUGUAUUUUGCAGUCAGAAUUCCUUCUUCUUUCCCAUUGAUAGGAGCAUUUUCUAUCUUGACUUCAGAGCUUGCAGAGAGCGAGAUGCAUAUCCGAUGUAUUCUCCAACACUUUGGGAUUGGAAAAGGGAGGGAGCUUGCCUUUCCCAACCAGUUCUAAUGGUCUCUGUGGUUUGAAAACAAGAGGCUGUUUUGGGAAUGCAUUGGCUUAACAAUGGGAGACACUGUUCCCCCAUUGUUCUGAACCCAGUUUUCAUGGGGUUGGAAUGGCCCUUGCCAAUCUGAGCUCGCUUCAGAGCUGUGUGAAUGUAACUGAAAAAUGCAAUUUAAAAAUGAACACUAAUUCUUGGGGUGCAGCCAAGGAGAAACCUCAAUCUCCAAUUUUCCCGGUUAGCUUUCCUCCUAUUGAAGAUCUGGUUUGGGACAAAGUUAACAGAGCAACACUGGUAUUUUAAAUUCCCAGUGUUGCUUUUUCAAUCCACUUCACUUUGGAUCUCGAGUGGCUGGUUUGACCAAGAUUAGCGCCUUUCCGCUGUGUGUUCAAAACCUGCUUUUCGCAGGUCACUCCGCCAUCUCAAUGCAUUUGCCAAAAGAGAGAGAGAGAGAAUUAAAGUACUGUCUUGAUAGCCAUGUCUAUUCACUGGUUUUUCUAUUGUUCUAGUUUUCCAGGCUCUCUGUCAUGAAGACCACAAGCAUCCAGGAACACUAUUCACUCCGUCACUAGGGCCUGUGUGUCUCACCUUUUCGUUUGGAAUUGUGCGAUUUUUCCCCCUUAGUGCUUCUUGAACAGAAUUGUUUGGUUCUUCUCCCCUUCCUGUGGCAUUGAACAGUCCUGAUGAGUAACUAGUAGACGUCUAUAAACCUAUUUGACUUUCCUUUAAAAAAAUGUUUAAAUGGCAUGUAAUCCUUUUUUUAAUUAAAAAAACACUUUACAAUAAACUUAAAUGAGGGGAAAGCAUUCCAACCAUUUCCCCUUCACUUGUUUUCAA